AUGCCGAUUUCUGUGCUCUCAAUAAAUAAUGGAAAUGCAGAUCUAAGUGUUGUGCAGCCAGUCACAAACAGCGAUAAGUUACUAACUCUUAAGAAGCUGAAAAUGGUCUUGAAAGCUUACUGGUUAUCUACCGUAUUUCUUGCAAAGCUGCUUAAAAGUUUAAGUGUGUAUGAAGUCAACAUAGGUUUCUGUAAAGAUACAAAAAUAAUGGUUAACAGAGUUUUCUCCAGUGAUAAACCGAUUCACCAGACGGGCAUCAGAUAUAAGGAAUGGCUGGGGACUACGGGGGACAGAUGCACCAGUAUGAGGGAGCGGAGGCUCUGUAUAUGGUGUAUCCGCCAUUCUCUGGAUCCCACAGGCUACCCAUGCUUAACUACCUGCAGUGUUCUGGACACUGUGAUGGUGUUUGUGCUGGUUUUCGCUAGCCAGACAGAUGAAGUCAAGCACUUCCUGAGAAGCCAAGCAAAACUGUCUCCUACCAUCAGCCAGAAGCCUGGUGGUUUUUUAGCUCGUAUCUUGACACAUUACACCAUUAUGGAAAGAACUGAAAUAGGACUGGAAAGAGGACUAAGUUCUAUAUUAUACUUUCUUUUUUUUAUUUCAGUGUGUGCAGAAGCUUACAAUCCUGAUGAGGAAGAGGACGACGCAGAAUCUAGGAUUAUUCACCCUAAAACAGAUGAUCAAAGAAACAGACUGCAGGAGGCGUGCAAGGACAUUCUUCUUUUUAAGAACCUAGAUCCGGAACAGAUGUCUCAGGUGUUGGAUGCGAUGUUUGAAAAGCUGGUUGAAGGAGGGGAACAUGUCAUUGAUCAAGGGGAUGAUGGCGACAACUUCUACGUCAUUGAUAGAGGUACAUAUGAUAUCUAUGUAAAAUGCGAUGGUGUUGGGAGGUGUGUUGGAACCUAUGAUAACCGAGGAAGUUUUGGUGAGUUGGCCUUAAUGUACAACACACCCAGAGCAGCUACAAUUAUAGCUACCUCUCCUGGUGCCAUCUGGGGUUUGGACAGGAUAACGUUCCGAAGAAUCAUUGUAAAAAAUAAUGCCAAAAAGAGAAGAAUGUAUGAAAGUUUUAUUGAGUCGUUGCCAUUCCUUAAAUCUUUAGAAGUAUCUGAGCGUUUAAAAGUGGUUGAUGUGAUUGGCACCAAAGUGUACAAAGACGGAGAACAAAUCAUUGCUCAGGGUGACUCAGCUGAUUCCUUCUUCAUUGUGGAAUCUGGAGAAGUAAGGAUUAUAAUGACAAGGAAGGGUAAACAAGAGGUAGAAGAGAAUGGAGCAGUUGAAAUAGCUCGAUGCUCAAGAGGACAAUAUUUUGGAGAACUUGCUCUUGUAACUAACAAACCACGAGCCGCUUCUGCAUUUGCUCUUGGCACUGUCAAAUGUUUAGUUAUGGAUGUUCAGGCAUUUGAAAGGCUUUUGGGACCUUGUAUGGAAAUUCUGAAAAGGAACAUUGCAAACUAUGAAGAGCAGCUAGUUGCUCUGUUUGGAACAAACAUGGACAUUGCUGAUCCGAGUGCAUGAACUAAACAUAGGAGCAACAAGAUCUGUUACAAGAAUAUAGCACAGUAGUGGUUAGUCCACUGAGAAAUUGUCUCUCUUCCUAUAGAUGCCAAGCAUUUUCUGUGAUUUUAAGAGUGGGUUUGGAGGUAUUUUUUGG